UUUUGGAGUAUUUACAAUAAGAUGAGCUUUAAACUUAUGUAAAACGUUGUAAAAUAAUUAGUAAGAUAACAAUCUCUUCGACUUCAGAGUCGUUAUUGCGUUUUCUGCAUCAAGUGCCCUAACAUAUAAAUCGUAGGAACCGUUUCUCAUCGCACGGAGAAAUGUUCAGAAGUGCCUUGCAGAGUUCCACUCGUGUCAUCUACCGAACAUUAGCUGCUCAGCAAAUACCUCGUCUGCAUUUACGUCUUGCAUCAGGACUUUGUUCAGGGAAAAUGGAGAAGGAAGGUGUAGUUCCCGAUGUGAUUCCAGUUGCCCCGCGUGAGAAGGCGACAGUGUCUUACCCCAGUGGUGUCUCCGUGAACGAAGGUAAUGAGCUUAAGCCGCGUCAAGUGAAAGACCAGCCCAAAGUCGAAUGGAAUGCAGACUCCUCGGCACUUUACACCCUUUGCAUGACUGACCCCGAUGCACCCAGCCGCAAGGACCCGAAAUUCCGUGAGUGGCAUCACUGGCUCGUCGGAAACAUUCCUGGGAACGAUGUCUCCAAGGGGGAAGUACUGUCUGCCUAUGUUGGCUCAGGACCUCCAGAAGGCACCGGUCUCCACCGAUACGUUUUCCUCAUCUACAAACAAAGUGGCAAAUUGACUUUCGACGAGAAGCGCUUGCCAAACAACAGCGGUGAUGGCCGCGGUGGAUUUUCGAUAAAGAAGUUCGCAGACAAGUACAAGUUGGGCGACCCAAUUGCUGGAAACUUCUACCAAGCUCAAUGGGAUGACUACGUUCCAGAAUUGUACAAACAACUGGGCGGCUAGAAGGGAGCACUUGGUGCGAAAUAUUGUGCCGGCAACCGGCUUUGAAAAUUUACAGAAUUCAUUUGAUUAUGUUUAUUCCGUUAUGUAAUUGAGCCUAAUCAGAAAUAAAGCAGGAAAGUCUCGAGAGAA